GCGCGCUGCGUGCACAAGGCGACAUGUCCCGGCGCAAGCAAGCCAAGCCGCAGCAUCUUCGGGCCGGACGCGACGAGCCCCGGAGCGGCUUCCGCCUCGUCCGUCAUGACGACUCCGCUGAAGACGUGAAACGCGAAGAUCCCAGCGGGACGGGCAGUUCCCCCAGCGGCGAGGACACGCACGUGUGCCACCAAUGCUGCGCUGAGUUCUUCACUCGGAACGAGCUGAGCGAGCAUCGGAAAUCCUGCGCGGAGGUGUUGACGGUGAGGGGUGGCGCCGGCGAAUCCCCCGCGGGACCCUCGCCGGUCCCCAGCGUGGACUUGCUGACAGACUGUGACAGCCUGGACGAGGCGAUGGAGGUAGAACUCAAGCCGGUGGAGAAAUACUCCACCAGCCCUCCUCCGGUAGAUUCCGUCGAGACCCGGCAGGCUCUGCCGAGCACCAACGUGACCUUGGAAAUCCUGCACAGCACCAGGGUGGCCGUUGCCCAGUUCUCCCAAGGGGCUGGCAGCCAGUCGGGCUCAGCCGCCAUCCCGCUCAUCCUGGAGCACUUGUUGGCUUUGCAGCGGCAACAGGUCCACCAGCUUCACCUGAUCGAGCAGAUCUGCAGCCAGGUGGCCACCAUCAACAAGCAGGAGGAUUCAAACCCGCCGUCCGCUCCACCGCUGUCAGGAAACGGGCCGGACGGCCAAGCUUCCGUUUCGUUGUCAGCCGUUUCUGAAAAAUCACAAAAGACCCCCUCGCAAUCGAGAGAGUGUAUUUCCGCGUCCUCCUCGGAAAACUCAACACCAUCCCUCUCUAGCUGCGGCGGCGUCUCCGCAUUAAUGCCCCCUUACGUCGGUUCUUCGAAUCCUCUCUGCGUCGCCUUUCUGCCCCACAGCCCGCCCAGCGGCGUCAUCUUCCCUAACCCGUUAGCCGGCAUGGCCGCCACGGCAAACGCGUUGGACCCGCUGGUGGCCAUGUUGAAGCAGCGGAAGGCCAAGCCACCCGGCGCUUCGUCGCCGUCGUUUGAAAGCAAGGAGGAGCCCUUCUUCAAGCAUAAAUGCCGCUUCUGCGCCAAAGUGUUUGGCAGCGACAGCGCCCUGCAGAUCCACCUGCGCUCGCACACUGGAGAGCGACCCUUCAAAUGCAACAUCUGCGGCAAUCGCUUCUCCACUAAGGGCAACUUGAAAGUGCACUUCCAGAGGCACAAAGACAAGUAUCCUCAAGUCCAGAUGAACCCGUACCCCGUGCCAGAGUAUCUGGACAACGUGCCAACCAGCUCUGGGAUUCCCUACGGGAUGAGCGUGCCGCCAGAGAAAGCCGUCUCUUCGUGGCUGGAUAGCAAGCCUGUCUUAACGACCUUGUCGGCUUCCGUGGCUCGAACCGGCGUGGGAUGCUCCGGUGAGACUUCGAGUGGUACGCCAUGUGUUCAAUCCUCGUACCAGACGCCUUCUGGUGAGCAUGUGGCGCCGAGCCCGAGAUUGUCUCCGGUUUCAGAUACUGGACAGUUCAACCAGGAGAUGGAAGCAUCCAGCGGGAUCAAAACAGAGGAGGUGCACCUUCCACAAAGCUGCAUGCAGAUCUUGCAAGUCACCCAGGAAAGCAGCAACGCAUCUUUAGCGACAACCCCAGAACCUGCGGCAUCGGCGUCUCCCGUCCCCAGCUCGCCCUCGCCGGAAGACUUUUCCCCCGGCACUCUCCUGGAGUCUAUGCAAACCUCGGAAACCUCAAAGCUGCAGCAGCUGGUGGAGAACAUCGACAAAAACAUCAGCGACGCCAACCAGUGCGUCUUGUGCAAGCGAGUCCUCAGCUGCCCCAGCGCACUCAAGAUGCACUACCGCAUUCAUACGGGCGAAAGGCCCUUCAAGUGUAAGGUGUGUGGCCGGGCUUUCACCACUAGGGGCAACCUCAAGACCCACUUAGGCCUUCAUAGGGAGAACCCGCCGCUACAGGUGCUACACUCCUGUCCCAUUUGCCAGAAGAGGUUCACCAACGCCGUGAUCCUCCAACAACACAUCCGGAUGCACAUGGUGGGGCGGAUCCCCGACUCCGCUGUGCUGGACGGGCUUCGGGAGAUGGAAGGAGAGGACGAGAAGAGCUCGGACAGUCCCGGCAGCAAUGACCUUGUGGAAGGAGAUGACGCAGAGGAAAUGCAGGAGCUUGAAAAUGUGAUCAGUCCUCCGAAAUCUUCGCCAGAGAGCCAUUUGAUUGACGCCACGAUGAAGCUCAGCUCCUCCAAUGGUUAUGAUGACCAGAUUCAGAUUGAAUGUUCUUUCACUGAGAAAGGAAUGGAAAAUCUGGGAACCACCAGCCCCCCCGCGACACCGCCUUUAUCCCCUGCACAAAGCACCGACUACCAAGGCGAGUUGGGAACUCAAGGUGUCACGCACCUGGUGACCAGCGGCUCAACCAGAUCAAUAAAGUCGGAGCGGAACGGUUACACAGAACCGCACCAGAUGUUGGGCGUCAACAUGUCAGCCAUUUACCCGACAGUCACCAGCUCGGGGAUAGCCGCCCUGCUGGGACCGGCGCCUUCUCGUCGGGCGCCCAAGCAGCACAACUGCAGCGCCUGCGGGAAGAACUUCUCCUCGGCCAGCGCCCUGCAGAUCCACGAGCGUACGCACACCGGUGAGAAGCCCUUCGUCUGCUCCGUCUGCGGCCGAGCCUUCACCACCAAGGGCAAUCUGAAGGUUCACAUGGGAACGCACAUGUGGAACAACGCGCCAGCCAGGAGGGGCCGACGUCUGUCGGUGGACAACCCCAUGGCCCUGCUGGGUUCAGAGGGCGUCAAGUUCGACCUGGCCGCUCGAGCAAUGCACGUGGACGCCGGCUUCUGGAGCCGCUACGCCAGCGCCAUCACCAACGGCCUGGCCCUGAAGAACAACGAGAUCUCGGUGAUUCAAAACCGAGGCGUGACGCCGCUGCGCCCGAUGGCCGCCGGCAUGGACAAAGCGAACAGUAUGGCCACGCCCAUUCCGAGCCUGGCCAAGAGCGGCGUGGAACUGGCGAGCAACAGACGCUUUUCUAUGCUGAUCGAUGACAGUAAAGAAAUCGGAAUCAAUUGAUGCAAUCUAUA